AUGGGCGACCCGCCGGCGCUCAAGAGGCCCAAGCUCGAGAAGGACGAUAACGGCUCCACCUACUGCCCCCGCCCCGCCUCCAAUGGCCCGGGCGCCACCGCCGCCAGGGCGCCGACGCCGCGUGACGACGUGGAGGAGGGGGAUCGGAGGAGGCGGUUGUCGCCCUCAUCGCGCACCGCGAGCGCGACGUCGAGCGCUGCAAGCUCAAGCUGCUCCAGUACCAGUCCCUGGUACGCGCUCGCCCGCUCCUCCUCGCGCUCGCCUUUCUGA